AUGAAUGACUUAUACUUGUCUUUAUCAACUGUCAUCCCUCCAGCAGAAAAGGGAUUAAUGCCACGAACGCUAGACAGCCAGAUCACAUUAGAGAAGACACCCAGCUACUUUGUCACCAGAGAGGCUCCGAGACGCAUCUGCAGCAUGUCCCACGAGACAAAGCUGAUUGUUGUGGUGCGUAACCCAGUCACAAGAGCCAUCUCCGACUACACACAGACUCUUUCCAAGAAGCCCGACAUCCCUACGUUUGAGGAGCUGGCCUUUAAGAACAAAAGUGAGGGUCUCGUCGACUCUUCCUGGAACGCCAUUCGGAUUGGGAUGUACAUCCUGCACCUGGAGAACUGGCUGCAGUACUUUCGCCUGUCGCAGAUGCACUUUGUGAGCGGGGAGCGGCUGAUCACGGAUCCGGCGGGGGAAAUGGGCCGCGUUCAGGACUUCUUAGGGCUGAAACGAAUAAUCACGGACAAGCACUUUUACUUUAACCGAACCAAAGGCUUUCCCUGUCUGAAGAAGCCGGAGAGCAGCAGCCAGCCGCGCUGCCUGGGAAAAUCCAAGGGCAGGACUCAUGUACAGAUCGAACGGGAGGUCAUAGAGCAGCUGCAGGAGUUUUAUAGGCCAUUUAAUAUCAAAUUCUUUGAAACCGUGGGGCAAGACUUCAAGUGGGAUUGAGGGUUCCAUACAGAAACAAGGCUGUGGGAUUGAGGGUGCCAUACAGAAACAAGGCUGUGGGGUUGAGAGUGCCGUACAGAAACAAGGCUUUUUUUUUAAUGGCCUCUGAAAAUAAAUAUAAAUGAGGGUAUCUUCAUACAAAUGUUUAAAUGAAAGGUUUAUUGAGAUAAUGUAUUCAUUGACAAAAUCAACAUAGAAGAAUAUAUCAAGCAUAAGAGUGUUAGGUUGGGUCAUUAUGAUAACAAGUGCUAUUUCAUAAAGAAUAUAAAUAUCUAUAUACAAAAAAUAUGUUUCUUUCUUCUUUCACAAGGACAUUGCUUAAAUAUCCAUUCUGAUCAAAAUGAACCAUCGGCUUUAAUGUUAAAUUGACUUCCUAACAGGAAUUUGCAGCCAAAUGUCAAAUGAUUAUUCAAAUCUGCCUGUCAAUUAUUCUGCAGUGAAGUUUAUCUCUGUAUUGUUGACAAAAGUUCAUAGGCAACAAUGACACAUUUACUGAAUAAAUGUACUGUAAAAAAAAACGUCUUAAAUAUUAAAACAUAUGCUAUAACGACGAUAAAGGUUUAUUAAACUUCAG